GUUGUAGUGUAGUUCUCGCUCAUUGUGAUGAAAAUACAAACAAGUGUCUUGCACAUGAUAGCUAGCGAGCUGUGUGUGUGGGUUUUUAGGGGUUAGCCAAAAGGCUGUAAAAUGUAUGGCGCUCCUGUGGAUUUAUCAUUCAAAUGCCUCAGCUCAAUGACAGACGCUCUGACGGAGGAGCCAAAUCAGGGCUUGCGGCCACUGAAGCGAAAUGCAGAGAAGAAGUUCUGCAGCCGCUCGCUGCGUCUCAACAACAACAUCAUCACAGACUUGAGUGGCUUCAAUGAUAUGGUCUCAGCCUUCCUCUCAGAGCCCUCACAGCUCGCCUGGGUCGACCUGUCCUUCAACGACAUCUCACACAUAGACCCAGUCCUGGUGGAGCUGAAGGAACUGCGGGUGUUGUAUCUCCAUGGUAACAGCAUCUGUAACCUUUCAGAGGUGGAUAAGCUGGGCGCCCUGCCCUUCCUACAUACACUGACCCUGCACGGCAACACCAUGGAGAAUGAGGGGAGCAACAGGGGGUAUGUGAUUGCGGCUCUGCCUCACUUGAAGAAGUUGGACUUCAGUGCUGUUACACGGCAGGAGCGAAUCAUGGCCCAAGUCUGGCAUCGCCAUGGGAACCUUGGCAAAAACACCAGGAAGAACCAGGACAACUGACCUGUCACCACAGAAACGGAUGGAGGGGGACACACAAUCGUCAUGCCAACCAACCAAAAGGUUCCAGAACAACAGGCUUAUAUCAGGAGGCCUUAUGACUGAAGCAUCAUGUAAAAGUACAAUAUGAAUCUACUCAUCAGAAAUUCUGUCUGGUGUCUGUCUUAGAGUUGGGGGGGAAGGAAGAGUACAUCUACAGUAGAUGAGAUUUCUGCUUAAUUAGGAUAUUCCUGACCCUUUUGCCACCUUGACCUAUAUAAUUAUUAAACUGGAACAGAGGCCACCCAGGCUAAAGGUAUAGAGUCCUCUCAAUCAAACUGUCCAAUAUGCACCUUUGUGCACUGAACAAAAAUAUAACGCAACAUGCGUUACAUUUCAAAGAUUUGAGUUACAGUUCAUAUAAGGGAAUCAGUCCAUUUAAAUAAAUUCAUUAGACCCUAAUAUAUGGAUUUCACAUGACUGGGAAUACAUUCACUAGGCCCUAAUCUAUGGAUUUCACAUGACUGGGAAUACAUUCACUAGGCCCUAAUCUAUGGAUUUCACAUGACUGGGAAUACAUUCACUAGGCCCUAAUCUAUGGAUUUCACAUGACUGGGAAUACAGAUACCUUACAAAAAAAGGUAGGGGCGUGAAUCACAAAACCAGUCCGUAUCUGGUGUGACCACCCUUUGCUUCAUGCAGUGGGACACAUCUCCUUCGCAUAGAGCUGACGGGAACUGGAACACGCUGUCGUACAUGUCGAUCCAGAGCAUCAAAAAAACAUGCUCAAUGGGUGAAAUGUCUGGUGAGUAUGCAGCCCAUGGGAGAACUGGGACAUUUUCAGCCUCCAGGAGUUGUGUAAAGAUUCUUGUGACAUGGAACCGUGGAUUAUCAUGAUAAAACGUGAUGGCGGCGGAUGAAUGGCACGACAAUGUGCCUGAGGAUCUCGUCACUGUAUCUCUGUGCAUUCAAAUCACCAUCAAUAAAAUUCUAUCGUAUUCAUUG